UCCUUCAUUUUCUAUUUCUUGUUCUACCUCACCAAUUAAAAGAACAAGAAGCUCUGCUGAAAGAACAAUGAAAACUGCUCUAGCAACUGACUCUAAUAUCCUACAAAUCUUCCUAACUUACCAGGAAAUAAACGGUCAAUUCAAAAAUGAACAAGAAAAAAGAUAUGCAAUGCUACAAAAUGGAGAACCAGAUAUGACAGAAGAUAAUAAUAUAAUAACAGGCAAUAAGGCAAUUGGGCUAAAAACGGUAUUACAUAUAACAUUAGGUUUGUAUAUUAAUGGACCACUAUGGGUAAGUGGCCAAAGGAAUUGGAAAAUAAUAAGAAUAAUAGAAGAAUUAGCACGUGCACAAGAAAUGAAUAUAAGAUGGGCUGUAAUACAUAUAGGAACAUUAGCUGGAAAUAAGAAACGAUCAGACGUGAUCGCAAAUAUUAAUGAAACAUUACACGUAAUACAAAAGAAUCAAUGGAAUAUAGGAAUAUUAUUAGAAAACUCAGCUAGCAACAACUGCUUCGGUGCAACCAUUCCAGACCUCAUAGAUAUAGUGAAUAGUAUAAAUCAAGAAUUACGAUUUAAAGAUAAGGCAAGGCUACAGAAGCGAAUAGGCAUAUGCUUCGAUACGCAGCACUG